GCCCUUCCCCGGGGAUGUGCGCGGCGCCGUCGUAGUGGUGGUUUCCAGCAGAGAGGGCACUGGGUGGUUUACCUAGGAUUGGAGUGGAAUUGAAUUCACUUUGCUCUUCUGUGUGACUCCAAAGCUGGUCUGAAGCCAGUCCUUGGGACAGAAUUUUUACAGUCAGUGCAUGGGCACUUACUGUUUACAGGAGCAAAACGUAGGACUGACAGACAGAUGACUCUCCUUGGGCUGUAAAGUGUUGCAGGUGCAAUGGCAGAUCCCAUCCGCUGGGCCCGAUACCGCUGGCAGCGACUGAUAUCAACAGAGGGCAGAGAAUGCAGCAGCAACAAUUCAAGUAGCAAGUGCUAUCAAUCAUCAAAAACUACUGGCAAACAUAGGAUAGUGAUACCCUGUUUGGGACAUUUUAAAGAAGAGUAUGAAAAAGUAUCAAAACUGUACAUGAACAACAAAAUACGGACUACUAGGUAUACUUUGUUGAAUUUUUUACCACGGAAUUUAUUUGAACAAUUUCACAGAGUUGCCAAUUUAUAUUUCCUAUUUCUGGUUAUCCUAAAUUGGGUUCCUCUAGUUGAAGCUUUCCAAAAAGAAAUUACAAUGCUACCUCUGAUAGGGGUUCUGACAAUUAUUGCAGUGAAGGAUGGUCUGGAAGAUUACUCAAGGUACAAAAUGGAUAAACAGAUAAACAACUUAGUAACCAAAGUAUACAGCAGGAAAGAGAAGAAAUACAGAGAUGAGUGCUGGAAGAAUGUCAAUGUUGGGGACUUUGUCCGGCUUUCCCGCAAUGAAAUCAUUCCUGCUGACAUGGUGCUGUUAUAUUCUAGUGACCCAGAUGGGAUCUGUUAUAUUGAAACUGCAGGCCUCGAUGGAGAAACCAAUCUAAAGCAGAGACAGGUGGUGAGAGGAUAUUCAGAGCAGGUCUCUGAAAUUGAUCCAGAAGAAUUUUCCAGUAGAAUAGAGUGUGAAAGUCCUAACAAUGACCUCAAUCGUUUCCGAGGCUUUGUUGAGCAUUCAAACAUGGACCGAGUGGGUCUCAGCAAGGAAAACUUACUGCUCCGAGGAUGCACAGUAAGAAACACAGAAGCUGUGGUAGGCAUAGUGGUAUAUGCAGGUCAUGAAACCAAAGCUAUGCUGAAUAACAGCGGCCCUCAUUACAAGCGUAGUAAAUUGGAAAGAAAAGUGAACACUGAUAUUCUGUGGUGUGUUCUGCUCCUACUUUUGAUGUGUUUAACUGGUGCAAUAGGUCAUGGACUUUGGUUAAGUAGGUAUUCAGAAAUACCUUUUUUUAACAUCCCCAAGCCAGAUGGGAAAUCGAGUCCUCCAGCAUUAGCAGGCUUCUAUAUGUUCUGGACAAUGAUAAUUUUGUUACAGGUCUUGAUUCCUGUUUCUCUCUAUGUUUCAAUUGAAAUUGUCAAACUGGGACAAAUUUAUUUAAUACAGAAUGACAUUGAUUUUUACCAUGAGAAAACAGACUCAACUAUUCAGUGUCGAGCACUAAAUAUUGCUGAAGACCUUGGACAGAUUCAGUAUAUUUUCUCUGACAAGACUGGAACCCUCACUGAAAAUAAGAUGGUUUUUCGGAGAUGCAGCAUUGCAGGACAGGAGUAUUGCCAUGAGGAAAAUGCGAAGAGGUUGGAAUCCUAUCAAGAGAUUGAUUCAGAGGAUGAGGAUUCAGCUGAUUGUCAGCGUGGCUCUUCAACCCCUACAUCAGAAUGUCAGGGGCACAACUGCAGAGCUGUGUGUGAAUCUUUGAACAGAAAGUCUUUGAACCAGUUCUCUGGUAGUUACUCUGCAUUCAAAAGGCAAGAUGAAGCAGGUGAUACUCCCAACUCAGGGCACAUGGCUUUCAGCAGUCCCAUUGAAACAGAUGUUGUACCAGACACACAGCUGUUGGAGAAGUUCAGUCAAAUUUCUUUUCGUUCCUGUCAACAAUCAGAAGAAGCUAGCAGCGGGUUAUCUUUGGAGACAAUGUAUAUCGCUGAUUUCUUUCUUGCUCUGGCAAUCUGUAAUACUGUUGUAGUCUCAGGCCCCAAUCAGACACGUCAGAAGAUGAGACUCUCUUCGCUGAGUAGGAUGCCUAUUAAAUCACUUGAGGAAAUCAGGCAAAUGUUCCAGAGGUUUUCAGUCUGGAGACUAAGUUCUUCUCCACUUCCAAAUGCAAAGCAGUCGUCAUCUGAAAGCCCCAAUACUUUUGUGAGAAAACUGUCUGGUUUUAGAAUGAAACUGGCUUCACCUACUUUGGAUGGAAAUGCUCAAAGGAUUUCUGAACCUCACAAUACUGACAGCCCAGAAAAUUCUCAAGUGCCUGGAGAACUCCAUCUAGAGAAUGUAGCUACUGGUGGUGAACCCAACUCUGCUGUGUCAUCUACUGAAUUAUCUCCCAUACCAAAACUAUGUUACGAAGCUGAGAGUCCAGAUGAAGCUGCCUUGGUUCAUGCUGCUAGGGCUUAUAAAUGUGUUUUACAGUCUAGGACUCCAGAUCAAGUAACUGUGGACUUCGCAGGCCUGGGGCCUUUAACGUUUCAGCUUUUGCAUAUCCUGCCAUUUGAUUCACUGCGGAAAAGGAUGUCAGUGGUGGUUCGGCAUCCAGUCUCCAACCAAGUGGUGGUGUACACAAAAGGUGCAGACUCAGUGAUGAUGGACUUGUUGAGAAUUGCAUCUGAAGUCCAUAGUAAUAAUUCUGAAAUUGAAGAGAAGAUUAAAGAGAGAACUCAGCAGCAUUUGGAUGAUUAUGGCAGAAGAGGACUCCGCACUCUGUGUAUUGCUAAGAAGGUGGUGAGUGAUGCUGAGUAUGCAGAGUGGUUAAAUCAUCGUUUUUUAGCAGAAACCAGCAUUGACAAUAGGGAGGACCUGCUGCUUGAAUCUGCCAUGAGGCUUGAGACCAAACUAACUUUGCUUGGUGCCACUGGCAUUGAAGAUCGCCUGCAGGAAGGUGUUCCAGACACAAUACAGGCUUUACGGAAAGCUGGAAUAAAAAUAUGGAUGCUGACAGGUGACAAGAGAGAGACAGCUGUCAACAUUGCCUAUGCUUGUAAACUGCUGGAACCAGAGGACAGAAUCUUCACUCUUAAAUCACAGACUAGGGAUGCCUGUGCCUUGGUAAUGAGCAAAAUUUUAGAAGACAUCCAGAAGAAUGCUUCUGUCAAAAAAAAACACAGUGAGAAACUUGGAAAUGUCUCUGCAAGUCCCUCCACCCAAGCUCAAGGGUUCAAUUCAGGCCUGGUUAUUGAUGGAAGGACUUUAGAACAUGUCCUUCACAACAGCCUACAGAAUAUUUUCUUGGAACUCACAGAAAAAUGUCGGGCUGUGGUCUGUUGCCAAGCCACACCACUGCAGAAGAGUGUCCUGGUCAAACUGGUGCGAAAUAAGCUAAAGGCAAUGACAUUAGCUGUAGGUGAUGGUGCCAAUGAUGUCAGUAUGAUCCAGGUGGCUGACGCUGGUGUGGGAAUAUCUGGCCAGGAAGGCAUGCAGGCUGUGAUGGCAAGUGACUUUGCAAUCUGUCAGUUUAGACACCUCAGGAAGCUGCUGCUUGUCCAUGGUCACUGGUGUUAUACCAGACUUACCAACAUGGUGCUUUACUUCUUCUACAAGAAUGUGACGUACGUGAAUCUCCUGUUUUGGUACCAGUUUUUCUGCGGGUUUUCAGGCACAUCAAUGACUGACUACUGGAUCUUGAUUCUUUUCAAUCUCCUUUUUACAUCGGUGCCACCCAUCGUUUAUGGUGUCCUGGACAAAGAUGUGUCUGCAGAGAUACUCAUGGAACUCCCACAGCUUUACACAAUGAGCCAGAAAUCUGUGGCUUCCUUGCCUUCAGCUUUCUGGAUGACCUUGCUGGAUGCUUUUUACCAAAGUCUUGUGUGCUUUUUUGUGCCUUACUUUACUUACUGUGGCUCAGACAUAGACAUUUUUUCUUUUGGAAACCCCAUAAACACAGCAGCGCUCUUCAUAAUGCUGUUUCACCUUCUCAUUGAGUGCAAGUCUGUGACAUGGAUACAUACAGUAGUUAUAGUUGGCAGCAUCCUGUUUUACUUUGUGUUCACUCUGGCUGUUGGAGCAACCUACAAAACCCACAACCCACAAUCAGAUUUUUACUGGAUCAUGGAAAAGCACAUGACAGACCCAGUAUUUUACUUAGUUUGCCUCCUGACUACUUGCAUUGCUCUGCUACCCAGGUAUCUGAUAAGAGUUCUCCAAGGAACACUGUUUCCAUCUCCAGUGUUGAGAGCCAAGUGCCUUGUCAGACUGUCUCGUGAGGAGCAGAGGAAAGAAAUUAAGAGAUGGAAAGAUGAGUGCAAUGUGAAUUAUAGGGUGGAGCUCCAACCUACUUCUGUGUCUUCCAGCUUAGCUGCAGGUCAUCCUCCAGGUGUAUCACUCCAUUUUGACUCUGUGUGCCAUUUCAUGUUGGCUGCCACCAAAAGGACUUCUUUCCCACCUCACCCAAUUCAGAUGUUGGCUGGCUGUCUUUUCUCUAAACUACCUCAUGCCUGUACUGCAAAGUUGUCAGCCAGCAGCAGUGAGGAGCUCCAGUCUGUCUUCAGGUCUUCCCUUAAAAAUAGCAGCUUUUAGCUGGAAACAUCACUCUUCUUCACUCUCAGGUGUUUUUAAACUCCUCCAGGCUUUUAUGAUAAUCAGCUUAAGUGUCUCUAAAGGCUGCUCAAAAGAGUGCAUCAUGCAUUGCAUGUCUCACCUUUAAGUGCUGUUGUUCAUCUGUCUUCCAAGAUAGAUGAGUCCUGCCCUCUAUCAGUUUUCCACGGCUCACACACUGCACAAAAAGUGGCUGAGGUGCGUGUGGCAACUUCUAGAUUCCAGAGUCUCUAAAAUACUGCCUCCUUUUUACUUCCCUUUCCAAAAAGUUACAUGGACAAUUUAGAGAGGAGCUUAGGAAAUCUGUUUGUAUUCACUAGCACCUGUUGAAAU